AUGAAGGAAGAAGAGCAGUAUGAGCUCGCAAAACUUAUCGAUUCCCACACCUGGAACCAGGCGCAAGAAGACGAGCUGGACGCAUCUUGGGAGAGUGGUUUGGUUAAGGCUACAAUAGAGCGCCUGUCCGAUCGCGGUGCUUAUCUUUCCUCCGUCUUCGAGAUAUCCUAUCGUCUCUGCAACAUGGAUCCUCUAUCCCUGCUAUCCAUGUAUCACCACUUCGAGUUCGACAAUAGCGGCAGCGAUAGCUUUAUGCAUGCCGGACAAAUGAAGCGCAACCCCUUGUGGACGCCCCAUUUCUGCGACAAGCUCAAGAGAAUCAUGACGCAUCCUUUGUUCUAG